AUGUUCGAUUGUGGAAAUGAAGAUUCUCUUCAAUUGACGUUUCUUCUUUGGACAGGCACUUCACAGUUAUUAAUUGCGCAACUUUGUCUCAUAAUGAAAAAAGUCAACAUCAAGUUCAAUGAAACUUCAAUUCAUGUCAAAGCUAAGUUGAGAAGGCUACUUGACGGGCUCACCCCAGAAACUGUUUUCGAUUAA